GAUUUCUUCCAUUCGUUCGUUCAUUCAUCGACAUUGUCUCCAUUCAAUUCGGGCACUUGAUACUUGUGAUUCUCAAUUGUUGAGUUUGGUGUCGGAUUCUGAUAUAAGCACUCAAGCUGCGUAUCGUCCAUAAAGAUGGAGGAAGUAAGCACCAGUCAUCCAUUGGUUUGGAUUGAUUGUGAGAUGACAGGACUGGAUGUUGAAAACGAUGUCAUUAUUGAAAUCUCAUGUGUGAUUACAAAUGGAAAUUUGGAGGUGAUGGAUGAGAAAGGCUGGAAUGCUGUGAUUCAUCAGGAUCAAGAGACGAUGGAUAAAAUGGACGAAUGGUGUACCACAACCCACGCCUCCACUGGCUUGACCUCCGAAGUUCUCUCCUCGACCACCACUCCCACGGAAGCUGCCGAAUCUCUCCUCCAGUACAUCAAAUCAUGGGUUCCCGAACCCCGUCGCGCAUUACUCGCUGGAAAUAGUGUUCAUGCGGACAAAGCAUUCUUGAGCAAAGGACCCUACAAACAAGUAAUCGAGCAUCUGCAUUAUCGAAUCUUGGACGUGAGCAGUAUUAAAGAAGCUGCCAAGCGUUGGUGCGAUCUACGAGUCUUGGUGGAUCAACCAAAGAAACAGGGGAAACAUCGAGGGAGAGAAGAUAUCUUGGAGAGUAUUGAUGAGGCACGAUAUUGGAAGGAGAGGGUUUUUCAACCAGUACCUGUUGCGAAGUGAGGGUUUGGUAGGAUGAGUCUUCACAUGCUGCAUUUCUGAGAUUGUUGGGCAUGAACAGGUUCUUUCGUGGCAUUGAUGAGUGGGAUGAUGAUGGUGAUACUUUGUGGUGAUGAUGUUGGUUGCAGAGUGAUACCCCCAACGAAGAGAAUGGAGGGCUGCA